UUAAAAAGCGAUGGCGCGUUUAUACGGUGAUUUACGGCCAAGAGCCGAAGUUGUGUUUGUACAGUGAGAGACAGAAGGGGAAAGCUAAUGCUUCUAAGGUGAGCAGACGCUCAGCAUCUCUUCCACACAAUGGACAAGGCUGGCAAGCUCAGUGCAGCAUAAAUCACGUUUAGAAAACAUUGUUUGGGUCUGUGCAGGGACUCCGAGCAGCCGUCGCAUCCGAACAGCUCCUGUCCUAAUUUGCCCGUGAGGACAAAACAUCAGUCUGCUACACGGCCUGACCGGAGUCUAAGAUGCCCUAGGCGGGGAGAAGGGAAAUGUAAAUGGCUUCCAAAGUAAAAGAUGCUGUGGUGUGGUACCAGAAAAAGAUUGGCGCCUAUGACCAACAGAUUUGGGAGAAAUCGGUGGAACAGAGAGAAAUAAAGUUUAUUUCUCUGGGCUUGAGGAACAAGCCAAAGAAGACAGGACAUGUCAAACCAGAUCUUAUAGACGUGGACUUGGUUAGAGGUUCGGCGUUUGCCAAAGCCAAACCAGAGAGUCCGUGGACGUCACUGACCAGGAAAGGCAUCGUCAGAGUCGUCUUCUUCCCGUUCUUUUAUCGGUGGUGGAUCCAGGUCACAUCCAGAGCCAUUUUCCUCUUACUGCUGGCUCUUUAUUUACUGCAAGUGGCAGCAGCUUUCCUUUAUGUCACCAUCCCUCAGCCUCAUGGGAUACCGGCCACCGAGGUGUUCGGAGCCAUCUGGCUCAUGUUGCUGCUGGGCACCGUCCACUGUCAGAUCGUCUCCACCAGGACCCCGAAGCCCGCCUCCAGCAGCGGGGGGAAGAGACGCAGGAAGUUGAGGAAGGCAUCUCAGAUGGAGGUGCAUAGGGAAGGCGACGGGUCUAGCACUACCGAUAACACACAGGAGGGGGCGCCACACUCCCACUCAGCCAGCACCACAUACAGCCUGGGCACUCUCUUCCAAGAUUUCUGGCAUGAUAUCUGUAAAGCUGGGUCUAAGAAGUCCAAGCUCUCCAUCGACAAAUCUACAGAGACCGACAACGGCUACGUGUCGCUGGACGGCCGGGUGACCAAUCGCAGCAGCGAGGAGGGACUCCAGCUCCACGAGCAGCGGUGUGAUUCGUUGAACCGGGCCGACGAGGUGUGCUGGAACUCGCACAUCCAGCCCGUGCACACUCACACGGCCCGCAGCACAGGACUGAUGCUGGCCAGCGGCAAUAAGGAGCCAGCCUCAGAUGAGGCAUCCAGCGAGGAGGACCCAGACGCGUCCUACAGCGCCCUCCGCCGGGGGGUUGAAAGAAUGAACAGUGACUGUACACUCCGAAACCGCAAGAAUACACACCACUACAAGAAACACUAUGCUGUGGAGGACGUCCCCAAGUCUGGGACCAGCUGCAGCUCCAGAUGUUCCAGUCUGAGGACUCAGGACUCAGAGAGCACUCGACACGAGUCAGAGACAGAGGACCUGAUGUGGGAGGACUUCCUGCACUGUGCCGAAUGCAGAUCGUCAUGCACCUCAGAAACAGAGGGGGAAGGAGGUGGAACACCUGUAUGUCCUCCUGCUAAAAAGGAAUAUAGAGACGACCCUUUCCACCAGGGUCACGUCCCCUGGCUUCACAGCUCCAACCCCGGCUUGGAGAGAGUGAGUGCUAUAGUGUGGGAGGGAAACGAGUGUAAGAAGGCUGACAUGUCCGUCCUGGAGAUCAGCGGCAUGAUCAUGAACAGAGUGAAUCUCUACACUCCUGGUAUUGGUUACCAGGUCUUUGGGAACCUGGUUUCAGUGACACUUGGACUCACACCUUUUGUGUACAGGCUGGCUCAGUACCGUGACUUGGAUCAGCUGACCACGCUCUCGGCCAAUGAGCUGCUGUCCGUGGCACUGGGGGGUGGGUCAGGAUCAGAUGCUCUGGUCAUCACCAUGGUAACACUGAGCUUCCUGGUGCGCGUCUGCCUCAUAUGGCUCUUCUUCUUCCUGCUCAGCGUAGCAGAGAGGACCUACAAACAGAGGCUGCUGUUUGCGAAGCUGUUUGGUCACCUGACUUCAGCCCGCAGAGCCAGGAAGUCUGAGGUUCCCCAUUUUAGACUGAAGAAAGUUCAGAACAUCAAGAUGUGGCUGUCGCUACGCUCCUACCUCAAGAGACGGGGUCCUCAGCGUUCAGUGGAUGUGAUCGUGUCGUCAGCCUUCCUGCUCACCUUGUCCGUCGUCUUCAUCUGCUGUGCUCAGUUGCUCCACGUCCAUGAAACGUUCCUGGAGUGUCACUAUAACUGGGAGCUGGUGAUCUGGUGCUCCAGUCUGUCUCUGUUCCUGCUCAGGUUCGUCACUCUGGGCUCCGAGACCAGCAAGAAGUACAGCAACACCUCCAUACUGCUCACUGAACAGAUCAACCUGUAUCUGAAGAUGGAGAAGAAGCCAAACAAGAAAGAGGAGCUGACACUGGUCAACAAUGUGUUAAAACUGGCUACCAAACUACUCAAGGAGCUGGAUACUCCGUUCAGGUUGUAUGGUUUGACCAUGAACCCUCUGCUCUACAACAUCACCCAGGUGGUCAUCCUGUCUGCUGUGUCAGGAGUCAUAUCUGACCUGUUAGGAUUUAACCUGAAGCUGUGGAAGAUCAAAUCAUGACAGUGGACAGAGAAACAGUGUCAACUUGUCAAUCUCACUGACUGAAAGACUGAACGUCAGUCUGGACAUAUCAGAGUGCUCUGACCUUCAACGUUCUCACUUUGUGCAAUUCACAAUUUAUUUAUUUACCCACUCAGUGUUUUUUCUUAGGGUUUAUUUGAAUUCUAGUUUGUUUCCAUUUUUGUGUUUUAUGACACAAAACAAUGCUAUAUUUUACCUGUCUACAAAAAGUAUUAUUGUUAUUAUUAUUAAUAUUAUAAUUAACGUGACAGUUUAGGUUCUAAGCUGCAUUUGCAACAGUUUUCAUUUCAGCUCAUUCGCAAAUCUGAAGGCAAAGUAUUGAGCUGCAAAAAUCUUUUUUUUAUUGUAAUUUUUGUGUUGUAUUUGUUGAACCCGAAAGCUAUUUAUGUUGAAUGAGUUUCAAAACAAAACUUCAAACUCUGUUACGACUUUGAAACCUGUUUUUUUAAAAAUACAUACGGUAGUCCAGUGGUUUUCUUCUGUCAAAGAAAUUUUGUUGAGAUGAGAUUCUAACGUUUAACUGGAACUAAAUUAUGUCUUAGAUGGUAACCGGUGCAGUUCAUGCUUUAAACCACAGAGUAUAUUGUGAUAAAACUACAUUUACUGGGACUUUGAUUCAUCCUGAACCUGGAUGGUUUGAAGAAAGUACAAAAAAUAAUUUAGCUACGGAUAUUUGUUAAAAUAAUAGGUAUUUGACAAAUAAGACUGUAAAGCUUGUUUUCCAAGUUCUACUACCCUUUGUCCUUUAUUCAAACCAGCUCCCUGAUUUAAACGCUUAAAGCAAUUCCACUUAACAGAUGUUAACAGUGCUAUUCUACUGGUAAAGGUUUUAAUUUGCUGACUUACCCGGCUAAAUUGUUCCUGGUUUAGUUCUCAUUUCGGGAGAGGUGAAAGUCCAGUCAUCAUCAGCACUGCAAGGAAACAAUCAUCCAAUUAAUGGAAGUAACACAACAUGGUGAAUAGGUGAGAUUUAUAGAAACCUCUGAGGUUUGGACAGAUUAAAUAAACAUGGCCACAGAUACAAUGUACACACAACAAUGCAGAUCACACACAAAAUUAAAAAAAAAAAAAUCAAUACACAGUCAAUACAGAUUUGGACUUUGGACUUUGAAUUGUUAGUGGUUUUAACAGUAUUUCCAGCAACAUGUGAAGGAACUUUUCCUCACAGAGGAAAGAUUGUUUCAUCAAUUCAGCCAGUUGGAAACUCAUUGGAUUUUUUUUUUACAGUGAUCAAAGUUAAAGUAAGUUAUCCUGUGCCUGUCACGGGUUUCUGAACGCUGCAGUUAAAACAUGCCUGAACAUGAAUAAAGAUAUGCACUUUAAAAACUGAUUUUAAAUGGAAGAAAAAGCAGUUACAUCUUGUUUCAAUGUCAAAAGAGAUUUUUUUUUGUAUCUCACCUGCUUAACAUAGUGCGCAUUUGCUGCUUUGAACUUAAUAUUCAGAUCACUCUGAAGUAAAUUCCACAUGGUACGUGAAGUUAUUUUGCUCAUAGAAAAUAUCUUAGAUGUGAUUACAAUGCUGACACAAGUUGUUGCCUCAGUUAAUGGGUUAGCAAUUUGCUAACUUAAAGUAACUUCAUUCAUAAAAAUGCUAGCAUAAUCAUCCUAAGUGUGUGUGAGGAGGAAGACCAAAGUGCUUACUGUUUGUUUUUGUUUGUCUCUGCUGGGAAAAAAAGAAUGUAUUUGCAGCAUUGUGCUUUAAAAUCUAUCUGUUUCCCUUUGGAAAUAUUUUAAGUUGUACUUUUUGUUUUCUUUUUGACAUUAAGCUUUUUGUUUCCAUUUAUUUGUAAAAGCUGUUUGUUCCUCAUGCUUGUCAGAAAGGAGAGAUGUGUUUUACUGUUUUUAAGGAACAAAGAAGUUUGAAUUGUAUGUUUUCCGAGAGUCUGAAUAUUUAGAUUUAGAUUUUUUUGUGAACUGGUCUGUCCACAAGGUCUACAUUUUUAUAAGAAAAAUAAAAAGACAUGGACGUUGA